ACAACUCUCUUGAAUCACAUUUUAACUGCGCAACAUGGUAAGAGGAUUGCAGUCAUAGAGAAUGAGUUUGGGGAGGUGGAUAUUGAUGGUUCGCUGGUUGCCAGCCACUCUUCUGUCUCGGAGGAUAUAGUGAUGGUCAAUAAUGGCUGCCUUUGUUGCACUGUAAGAGGAGACCUAGUUAAAAUGCUUUUGGAGUUGGCUAGGAAGAAGCGUGACAAGAUUGAUCAUAUUGUUAUUGAAACAACAGGUCUUGCAAAGCCUUCUCCUGUCAUCGAGACAUUCUAUUCAGAUGAAUUGGUUGCACGAUAUGUGAAGCUUGAUGGUGUUGUUACUUUGGUAGAUUGUAAGCAUGCCAUGCAACAUUUGAAUGAAAAGAAACCAAGGUGGGUGGUGAAUGAGGCUGUAGAGCAAGUUGCAUAUGCAGACCGUAUCAUAUUAAACAAGAUAGAUUUGGUUAAUGAGGAUCAAUUGGAAGCAUUAACUAAGAGAAUAAAGCUUAUAAAUGGGAUGGCACAAAUACAACAAGCCAAAUUUGGAGUUGUUGACAUGGAUUUUGUUCUAGGAUUGGGUGGAUAUGAUUUAGACAGGAUUGAGUCUGAAGUUCUGGUGGAUGCAACACAAGACACGAAUCACCAGUAUGAAGAUAGGCAUGAACAUCAUGGAGGACACCAUCAUGGUCAUAAACAUGAUUCUACUGUGUCAAGCGUUAGUAUAGUUUCGGAAGGAACCCUGGAUCUUGAUGAGGUUAAUGAUUGGCUCGAGAGACUUGUUGACGAGAAAGGUGAAGAUUUAUACAGAAUGAAGGGUGUGAUAUCUGUGAAUGAUUCUACUGGGCGUUAUGUAUUUCAG